AUGACUUUGGAUGACUUUUUUAACUGUAGGCUUUCAAACUGCAUUAUUACAGAACAAUGUUAUAAAGCUCUGGCUUCAGCUCUGAGAUCAAACCCUUCACACCUGAUAGAGCUGGAUCUCAGAGGAAAUGAUCCUGGACAAUCAGGAGUGAAGGAGCUCAAUGAAUUACUGCAGGAUCCACACUGUACACUGAAGACACUGAGGUUUUUGAGUCCUGCUGCUGAUGAAGACUGUCAGUUUGUGUCUGGAUUUGUGGGUAAAAACCCGUUACUCCUGAAAGAGCUGAAUCUGAGUGAUCGUGAACUAGGAGUCACAGGAGUGAAUCAAAUCUCUGCUCUGCUGCAGGACAAACACUGUACCAUCAAGACACUUGUGCUGCAUAACUGUGGUCUAACAGAGGAAAGCUGUUCAGCUCUCACUACAAUCCUGAGAUCAAACACCGGUCUAAAAGAGCUUGACAUAAGCAACAAUAAUCUGCAGGAUUCAGGAGUGAAGAAACUCCAAAGUGGAAUAGAAAAUUGCACAUUGGCGAAACUCAGUCUUUCAGACUGCAGUAUCAGUGAUGAAGGUUAUAAAGCUCUGGCUUCAGCUCUGAGAUCAAACCCUUCACACCUGAUAGAGCUGGAUCUCAGAGGAAAUGAUCCUGGACUAUCAGUAGUGAAGAAGCUCACUGAGUUACUGCAGGAUCCACACUGUACGCUGAAAACACUGAGGUUUUUGAGUCCUGCUGCAGAUGAAGUUUGCCAGUAUUUGACUCGGAUUGAGGGUAAAAAUCCGUUAUUCCUGAAAGAACUUACUCUAAGUUUACAUGAACUAGGAGACACACGAGUGAAUCAGCUCACUGAUCUACUGCAGGAUAAACACUGUCAGAUCAACACACUCAUUCUUUGGAAUUGCAAAAUUACAGCGGAACAGUGUGUGAUCCUGACUUAAGCUCUGAAAUCAAACCCAUCACACCUGAGAGAACUGGAGCUCAGUGGGAAUCAAAUAAAAAACACAGGAGUAAGUCACUUAUGUGAAUUACUGAAGGAUUCACACUGUAAACUGGAAAAGUUGAGGUGCUCUGGAGUAAAUAUGUUCCAAAUUCGAAAUGUAACUUGUAUCCUUGAAUUAUGUUUGCUCCUGAUAUUUUGGUGUGUAAUUGAAAUAAGCUUUGUGCUGCUCAUGAUGUAUUUACUCUCACAUGAACUUCACAGCCUGUAUGAAUGCAGUAUUACAGGGGAACAGUGUGUGAUCCUGACUUCAGCUCUGAAAUCAAACCCAUCACACCUGAGAGAGCUGAACCUCAGUGGAAAUGAAAUAAGAAACACAGGAGUGAAUCUCUUAUGUGAAGUACUGAAGGAUUCACACUGUAAACUGAAGACACUGAAGUUGAAAAGCUGUUCUCUGACAGAUGAAGGUUGUUCUGCUGUGACUUCAGCUCUGAAAUCAAACCCAUCACACCUGAGAGAACUGAACCUGAGUAUCAAUGAAAUAGGAGACUCUGGAGUGAAAAACCUCAGUGAUUUACUGAUGAACAAACAAUGCAAACUGGAAAAACUACAUCUGAAUAGAUGCAGAAUAACAGAGAGUGUGGUCCUGGCUUCAGCUCUGAAAUCAAACCCAUCACACCUGAGAGAACUAGACCUCAGUGAAGAUCAAGUAAGAAACACAGGACUGAAUCAAUUAUGUGACAUACUGAAGGAUCCAGAAUGUGAGCUGGCGAUAUUAAGUCUAAGGUUCUGUGGCAUUACAGAUGUCUCUACUUUAACUGUGUGUCUUCUAAACGCAAAGGCACUGCAGUUUCUUAAAGAGCUUGAUCUUGCUCAUAAUAACACUGGAAACUCAAUGGCAGAGCUCAAAAAUGUGCUACGAGACUCAAACUGUAAACUGAAGUGA